AUGCUAACAAAUCUGCCACUUCUAAGUGUUCGUAACUUUAGACAGAAGAGGCAAGUUCAGUCUUCCUCCGUUGUCCCUAUCAAGGGCACUAACCUGAUGUGGGUGACCUGGAAAAACUCUCUUCCAAGGAACGCUGUCUCACUUUACAAUGGCUAUACUAAUCGAGUUGAUUAUAUCUGUAAGUACAAGUGUGACGCUGGCUUUUAUACGCCCAGCAAGGGUCGAUAUUGCUACUAUCCUAGCGCAAUAGAAAAGAGAAGUUUUCGAUUUGAAAUAUUGGUUAACAAAGACGACUUUGAGAUCCUGGAGUGGAAGGCUGAUUCGUAUGGUUCAGUACCGAAGAAUUCAGUCUGGACCUGCCCAGGGGAGCAAAUAUAUGUGGGCAAGAACAAAUAUGGACUGGGGAAGGUGUCCACUAAAGAUAAUGUUUUCUACUUGCCUUAUGAGGAUGAAGAAUAUUCAUACAACAACUAUGAGGUCCUGACCAUCAGUGAAAAUGUAAUCAGCCAACUGAUCUACAAUGUCAGAUACAACAAUGAUGAUUCUAAAGUCUUCAAAUUUCCUCCUGAGGUCAUGAAUGAAGCAACCAUCAGCAACCAUGAAUGUCACCCAGUAGUGAAAACAGUGACACUCUCAAAGAGAUAUGAGGUGCAGCAGAGGUGGGACUUCGCCUUUUCUUUCAAGAUUGGGGCUAAAACAACCAUUAACACUGGCAUUCCACUCCUUGUGGGAGGAGCUGUUGAAGUCAGCACAGAGGUGCAGUUUCAGUAUACAGAGGGAGGCACUGUGACAGACAGUAUGACUGACACUGCCUCUGUGGUGCUUACCGUGCCACCAAACCACUCCUGUAAAUUUUCCACUGUUCGGCGCAAAGAAAAAGUUGAUAUCUCAUUCACAGCACUCCUCAGGCGUACUUAUGGUGAUGGAAAGAUCCACACAACGUCAAUCACUGGGACAUAUGAUAAUAUUCACAGUGGAAAAAUCCAGGCUGUGGUCGAUCGAUGUGAACUUCUAGAAAAAUUCAAGCCUUGUCCAGAUGGAAAGAUACAGGAGUCUAGGUAG